UUGACCACAAUUUGAUCCAACCCUAGCCAUCAGUUUCUACUGCAUUAACUAAAUUUUUUUAAAAUUAAAUCAAACUUUUUUUUAAUAAAAAAAACUAAAUAUGAAAUUCAUGAUUGUUGUCGCUCUGGCACUUAUUGGUAUGGCCACUGCUGCCCCAUGGUACGGUGGUUAUCCAGCUUAUCCAGUCGGCUAUCCGGCAGUAGUACCGGCAUACGGCUUUGGCGGUGGUUUCGGUGCUCAACAACAACAGCAACAACAACAACAGGCCGCCGGUUUCGGUGGUUAUGGUUUAGGCGGUUUUGGUGCACAACAGCAACAACAGCAACAACAACAACAAGCGGCACUGGCAGGUGGUUAUGGUGUCCCCUUCUAUGGCUAGUUUAUAGUUUUUUAAUAUAAUAUAUUUAAAUAAAAGUUUUUUAAAUCAAAAUUAUUGUUAUUAAUAUAUAUAUAUAUCUCUUAAAAAUUGUAUAAUAAAACAUAAUAAUUCAAUAAAAUCUGAAUUU